GAGGUUAUUUUGACACCAGGCAAUGAAGCUGGCUAUCUGACUCCCAAUUAUUUUACUAAAGUUAUUGACGUUAAAACAGGAAAAUAUCUAUUGUAAAAAAUGGAAGUCAAACAAAAAGCACCAGUAUGUAAUGUGCCCAACAAAGUUUAUGUUACAGGAUUUCCUAUGUAUACUCAACCACAAGACUUGGAGAGGGUAUUUUCUGAAUAUGGCAAAGUAAAGGUUGAUAAAGUAACUAAACAAUAUGCUACCCUAUCAUUUAGCAAUAGCGAGGAGGCAAAAGCUGCCACUAAACAAUCUAAGAAAAUUGCUGUGUAUGGGGAAUUGGUUUGUGUGAAACCUUUCUACACAAAACCUUUAAAUGCGGCAACACCCAAAAAAGAACACCAGAAAACUAAAAAAGGAAGGACAAUAUUGAGUCCACACGAAAUACUGUUGUCCGGGGAGUUCGAUGAACAAUUGGAAAACGUGUUGAUGGCGAUUCGACUGACGCAAGAAGAGGUCAAGCAAAUAGGCGACCUCUACUCGGACCUCGAAGAGGUUCUGCAGGUCAUCUGGCCCGGUUGCACGGCAAUCCCCUUCGGCUCCAUAACAACCGGUCUCGGUGUCAAGUGCAGCGAUGCUGACUGUUUCAUAAACAUCCCGAACAAACAACAGCACUCCAACAACAACUACAUAAUGAAAGCCAGGAAAGCCCUUUACGGGCACAAACUUCUAUUCUCGGACAUCGUGCCCAUCCCUCACGCCAACACUCCCAUCAUCAAGCUGUACCAUCUCCCCAGCCGCACACACUGCGACCUCACCUUCAAGACGCCCCUCGGCACCCGCAACAGCCGCCUCAUCGACUUCCUGCUGCACGCAGACCCUCGUCUGCUGCCCCUCGCCCUCCUCGUGCGCUACUGGGCGCAGGCCCACGGCUUCACCGGCACCCGCAGAGUCACCAACUACGCCCUCACCAUGAUGAUCAUAUUCUACCUCCAGCAAGCCCCCAUCUCCAUCCUGCCCUCGAUCCGCUGGCUGCAGAGAGACCCCGCAGACGGCUGCGACAUCGACGACUGGAACGCGGGCUUCAUGAGCGACUACGCCCGUCUGCCCAACUCCACCAACACCUCCUCCGUGGCGGAGCUGCUCGGCGGCUUCUUCCAGUACUACGCCACCUUCGACUUCAACCAACUUGUCGUCUGCCCCUACCUCGGAUAUCCCGUUAAGAAAGCGCUCUUCGCAGAUAACUCCACUUUGCCCCACGAAUUCGAAAGAUAUAGAACUAACUUGGAAAAAAAUCUAUCCCUCCCUCUGAAAUUCACAACGCCCAUAUGCGUACAAGAUCCCUUCGAGCACAGUCACAAUGUAGCCUGCGGCAUCUCCGCCAAGAUGGCCGACGAUUUAUGUACGCUUUUCAAUUUUGCCGCAUCCGCUUACGAGAGAGAAAAACUUAACGGAUGUCGAGGUUUUUUAAGAAUUAUUUUGCUUCAAAAGCCGAAGACGUUCGGAAUAAAAUACGCCACAGAGUACAAAACCAACAUCAGCCCGAAAGAAAUCACCGCCAUCAAAAAUCCUGACUGGAAAUCUGUCGUCAGAGAUGUCACCGAAAUAAUAUUUGUCCAAAUUUUGGGCAUCGCCUUAAACAAAGGCGAAGAGAAGACGAUAGACUCGCAAAAAGAAAAAGUUACGUUCACCACAAAGGCGACGAAAGCCGUCUGGAGAAGAAAGUAUUCCUCUAAGAUGUGUUACAUGAGGCACUCCGAGUUCCUCGAGAGACAGAAGAGUUUAACUAAUGAAAUUAUCAAAGUCAACAAGCACACAUUCGAAUUAGACUUUCAGGUGGAACUAACAUUCACAAAUGAGCCGAGGAGAGUUAAAAUCUGUAUGAGAUAUUUGAACGGUGAUAAGGAUCUGUUUCGGGAGUUUGGAAGAUUUUUUAACAAUAUAAUAAAUCCAUGGUUUAAGACACUGCUGCGUCCGCACACCAGACCCAUGACGUCCAACCACAACUCACCCAACUGUGUCAAUGACGACUUGCCCAACUGUGAAAAUGACGUCUCACCCGACGGUGACAAUGACAUCUCACCUGACUGUGACAAUGAUGACUCGUCCGACUGUGACGAAGACGAUCCGGAUGAAACUCAUCAUGCAGUUUAGUGUUAAUGUUAAACCUAUAGAAGUGAGACAAGAGUCAUUAAACAUUAUGGUUGGUGUUCAGAACAGUAUACUUAAAAUUGUUAGCGUACUGUAAAUGGUAGUGUAGAAAACAAGUACAACUUCUAU